AAUUUCCAAGUCUAUACCAAACCAUCAUUCCGCCGACAAAAACAAGCCCUCCAGGAACACACAUUCGAAAAGGGCCGUUUUAUACCCCGGGGACUACGAUCAGCACACUUCGAAUGCCCGUAGCCAGAAUACCACCGCUUUAGCUCGCACACCACCCCCCGCUACGAGGGGUAGCAACCAUGGCCUUUGAUGACGACGACACCCCUACCGCCGCGCCGGCGGCGGCGGCCGCGGAAACGGACGCGCCCGAGGCGUCGGAGGACGCGCCGACGGCGGAGGAGGCCCUCGAGGAGGAGGCGCAGGACUUCCGGCUGUUCGCGGCGCUGUUCCGCAAGAAGAGCGUGUCGGCGCAGACGAUCCGAAAGGGCGAGAAGGACUUUGAGUCGCACGGCACGCGGGCGCAGCAGAACGCGCUCGAGCAGAGCCGCCAGGCCAUGGAGGACGUGCUCAGCUACACGCGCGUGUACAAGCCCGGGAACUGGCUGCGGGGGUGGUACUUCCCCGACCGGUUUGCCGACUGGGCGGCCGACGGCGGCGAGGCGGGGUUGGCUGAGGAGUUUGGGGGGGCCGGCGGGGUAGGGGACAGGGAUGCGGAUGCGGAUGCGGGUGCGGGUGCUGGUGGCUCCGACAAGAGGAGGUACCUCGACGCGAGGGAUCGGGUCGUCGUCGUCGAGGGCGCCGGCGGAAUCGUCAGCAAGACCAUUGGGAGGGUCGUGACCGGGCAGGCCAAGGACCGCGCGGCGAGGGACAAGAUGUGGCUGCUCCCCGAGGAAGCGCUCUUCCUCGUCGAACGAGGUUCCCUGGACCUCUGGUGGCCGAUGCGGGGCAUCGAGACUGUCUUUCCACUCGAGCCGAAGCAGGACGGUGGGGAGGUCACUGGCGAACAAGGCUCAGGGUCUGCGGACGAUGAAUACGACUUGGGUCUGCCGCUGAGCCUUGAGGCUGCCUACUCUCUGCUCAUCGGCAACGAAGGAGAGCGCGGCAAAGUCACAUUGCAGAAAUUCCAGGUCUACUCUAAUCUCAAGCGCGGUGGCUACAAAAUCCUACGAGCGCCCCAGGCCGUACGGCCUGCACGCCAUCCGCAACCUAUACAGACGCCAUCCUCAGUCUGGCAAUGGCUGUUCUCCCUCCUGUUUGCCGAGGAGGAACCGCACCACCAGCCUUACGGGCCUCUUGUCCGGCCGGGACUGUACCGUUCGUACAAGUCGAUCUACGGACAACUAGCCAUCAUUCCUCGGCAUAAACCGACCACGGAGCCGUCGUGUCCCUGGCCCGCCGAGGAGCCGUUCCGGAUACACUUCCACGUGUGGAAGUCCGGGACGACCUUCUCCAAGACCCGGCCGCCGCCCCCGGAUUUCUACCUGUCGGUUGUCGACGCGCAGGAGUCGGAUUUCCCGACGCUCGAACAGAUGGCCGCGCUUCUGGACUCGUCGCCGUGGGCACCCCCGAAGGCGGAGUGGGCGGUCCCCGGCAGGCUGUACCAGAGGUUGAAGCACGGGUACAGGAACGUGAUUCUGGCUGUCGUGGACCACGGGGUCGUCAACUAUCUGCGCGUUGCGGAGACGGCGUUUGGGGAGGAGUCCCUGGUCUAUCGGUUUGACUACAAGGGCGGCCACAGAGGCGGGAAGAGAGGCGGAGAGUUACAAAGACUCAGUCUCCAUCCCUUCUCUCAAGUUUAGGUUCGCCUGACAACUCAUGAUUGAAGGGUUCGGACGGCCAAAGAUAAAUACUUCGGCCCAAGGUCAGCAGUGAGAAACCAAGACCGUCCAAACAAGGGAAGACGAUAAAUCGGAUGACGAUUCCUUGCCAUAAGUAAGGAAACGGAAUGCAUUAAGCCGAGGCGACCUGGCCGAAACGCAGCAAGAAAG